UCCGCUGAAAACUGAGAUAGUGAGGAAAAAGCAACGGGAGGGAGGAAAGCUCUAUGUCUUAGCCAGUCUGGUGCUUUUAAAUACUUUUAUAUCUUGUUUCUUUUCUGCCGUUACUGUUCAAUGCGCUCCAAUGUGGCGAUAUGUAGCGCUUAUUUCAUUCCGGUGGAAAACGUCGUAAAUCUGAGCGCUCACACGGUAACUGCCGAAGCUUAGCACAACUCCAGUUAGCCUCCUCUGGCUAACUUAGCCCGUUCCAGUGCAAGUUAGCCGCAAGAAAAGACAAAAAAGAUUUUCUUUUUAUUUGGUCCAAGGGAACUACCGUAAACGGUGACGCUGUGGCGCGAUUUAACUCGUAAUGUUUCCUCAACGGAUUAACUUCACGGACGGAUGAGAAAGAAACCAGCGAACACUACAGUGAGCCAGACGUCCACUGCUAUGUUGGGGUGGACUCUCAGCUCUGGCAGCCCGUCUGAGCGCCGAGGCUGGCCUCACUCGGUGCUGUGGAGGCUCGGAGGCUUCUUCUUCCUGCUGCUGCUGGAGGGCAGCGGCUGCCUGGCCAGCCAGAGCAGCCUCCCAGGCGGCCACAGCAGCACCAGCAGCCCCGGUGUCAACAUUUUCAUGAGCGUGGAGGAGGUGAAGAAGUUUCUAGGUCUAGAUGCAGAGCUGUACUACGUACGAAAUGAUAUGGUGAGCAAUUACGCUCUCUCCUUUAACAUGCCUGUGCCCACCGAGACCAACAGUCUUUAUUUCACAUGGUAUUCCAGGUCAAAGGUUGAUUACCAACUGGCAUUCUACGUGGAGAACCCUGCUGUCCUCCACCCCCCAUCGAGCAACAUCUCCAGUCAGGGAGAGAUGCCCCGUGUUCCCUCAGUCUUCAGGGUGGACAUGGUCUGUUCGGAAAACUUUGACGAAGAGGCGUUUGUCACAAUGCAGAUCAAUCUGACCAGUCACCUCAACUUCACAGUGCUCAACUUCAAGAGGAGGAAAAUGUGCUUCAAAAGAACUGACUCUGACUCAAAGAUUACCCCCUCCAGCAAUAACAGCGCUCUCCCAUUCGACAGUGUGCCCACUCCCACCACCUCCACCCAGGUGUUCUACAUCAGCGUGAGCGUCUGCUGCAUUGUUAUAUUUCUUGUGGCCAUCAUCCUGGCCAUCCUCCACCUGCACAGCGUGAAGAGGGUGGAGAUGGAGGACAGUGUGAGUGACAGUGGAAGCUCACAGGGUCUUUCUCAGCCGUCCACCCAGACUACACAGUACCUGAGGGCCGACACUCCAAACAACGCUGCUUCUGUCACCAACAAUCACCCUGGCUCUGCUCCCAUUCUCCAGCUUGCUGCCUCCUCCUUCCAAAACCCCGGUGCCCCCCCUCAUGAAACCAAAAGUUACCCAUCUCUACGAAUAGAGAAGAACGACCUGAGGAGCGUGACGCUAAUGGAGGCCAAGGCGAAAGUGAAAGACAUCGCCAUCUCAAGGGACAGAGUCACCCUGCGAGAUGUCUUACAAGAAGGCACAUUUGGCCGCAUCUUCCAUGGAGUGCUGCUAGAUGAGAAGGACCCUACCAAGGAGAAACAAGUCUUUGUAAAGACGGUGAAAGAUCAAGCCUCAGAGGUGCAGGUGACCAUGAUGCUGACUGAGAGUUGUAAACUUAGAGGACUUCAUCAUAGAAACCUGCUGCCCAUUUGUCACGUGUGCACAGAGGAGGGAGAGAAGCCCAUGGUGCUGCUGCCCUUCAUGGCAUGGGGCAAUCUUAAGCUGUUCCUGCGUCAGUGCAAGCUAGCCGAGGCUAACAACCCUCAGGCAAUCUCUCAGCAGGACCUGGUUUACAUGGCCAUCCAGAUCGCGUGUGGAAUGAGCUACCUGGCUCGCAGGGAGGUCAUCCACAAAGACCUCGCUGCUAGGAACUGUGUCAUUGACGACAACAUGCAGGUGAAGAUUACAGACAACGCCCUCGCUCGAGAUCUAUUUCCGAUGGAUUACCACUGCCUGGGGGAUAACGAGAACCGCCCUGUCCGCUGGAUGGCCCUGGAAAGCUUGCUCAACAACGACUUCUCCAGCGCCAGCGAUGUGUGGGCCUUUGGAGUGACGCUGUGGGAGCUCAUGACUUUGGGGCAGACCCCCUACGUCGACAUCGACCCUUUCGAGAUGUCUGCCUACCUGAAAGACGGCUACAGAAUAGCACAGCCCAUCAACUGUCCAGACGAGCUGUUUGCUGUGAUGGCUUGUUGCUGGGCUUUGGACCCAGAGGAGAGGCCCAAGUUCCAGCAGCUCGUUCAGUGCCUCACAGAGUUUCACGCAGCGCUGGGUGCCUACGUGUAAAACGGGCGUAAUUAUGUAAACAAAGGUUCAGGACAGAAAAGAAAGGAAGAAAAAAAAUCAAACACGAAUGGCGGUUGGACUUUACUCACUUGGAACACGUAUAAAAAUGUGCCUUAUCUGAUGCAAUAGCAGAUUCUCGCCUGAGAAUUUAACUUUGUACAGUUUAUUUUUGCUUUUUUUUUUUUUUUAUAACCUUUUUACAUCAUAGAGGAGUAAAAAGGUUUGUUUUCUAUUUGCUGUGUCAUUUGCUUUCAAAGCAUCUCCUCCUCCCCCCAGAGGACUGGAACAACGGAAAGCUCUCCUCCACCGUAUGACUCAUCAUUUACGUGCGACUGAACAAUGCUCACAGAACAGGUUUUCUACAGUUUUUGUUACGUAGUAAAACCAUGUAAAUUAGUUCUGUGUAACGGGUUUUGCUCCUAAACGAGACUCUGACGGCUCAUCGGUACAGCUGGUGCUCUGGUAUGCUGAGCUCCUGCUCGGUACGAGAGGUAACCUGGAUUCCGCUCUCAGGCAUUUGCUGGUUGGGAUUUUUCUGAGAGCUCUUCAAACGGUACAGCGCUUCCUCUGGAUGAGUUUCCCUUCCUGCAAUUUUAUCGUGCUAACACUCGGUGGGAACGACGUCCCGGCUGGUUUUACGGCUGCUCUGUGGACCGCAGCCAUACACGCAUAAACCAGCUUUAAAAAAAAAAAUCCACAUCAGUUUGGAUUUUAUUUGUACAUUUGAUUUAUUCCCUCAGAUUGUGUUUUUAUAUAUAAAUAUAUAAGCUUGAUUGUUCUGUGUCAGAACACAGCCCUAAACUGAAUUUUCUGAGUGAUUUGUAGAAACCGUUAUGCUAUCAAUCACUGUGAAAACAUGACUGCCAACCAGCGUGCUCUCGUUGUAUUCCUCCACCUUUUUUACAUCUUUGUGAUGUGUUUUUAUGGUCACUGCAUGUUGAGAUAAGGUUGUAAACUGCUUCCCAAAAUUCAUAUCCACAAAUAAAAU